UCUCUCUCCUGACCUAUUCUCUCUCUCUCUCUCUCUAUUCGGGUCGGCUUUUGGUCUUGUCCGGGAAGGUAUUCUAUUCUCCAAACCCAAUUAACGGGACGCCGGGAGGCAAAAAAAAAAAAAAACGGUGAUCGACUAACCCUUGUCCCUCCCCCUCCCUCCCGCACCACGACCAAGUGGAAGUCAAUGAGAAAAUGCUCCUUAAUCUCAACGUUUUAGAGAUCCAUACCCCUACGUUUUCGCAUUUUCUCGGAUUUGUUUCUCUCCACCGCCAUGUCAAGAUUUUUCAUCUAUAGACUCGUUGGAAAACAAACUCAAUCUCUUUUCUCUAACCACAUAGAGACAAGAUCCCAAUGGGGAACCUUUAGAACUAGUGCUCUAAGGUCUCCUCACUUCAGAGUUCACUCUUCCUCCGCUAGGAUUCCCACUAAUGUUUAUUCUACUACCAGAAAUGUAGUUACUCAUCAUGCUCAGGUUGCUUGGAAAAGGCUUCUUCUUCACCGCAAGUACUCCAUGCGCCAAUGGAACUUACCUCGUAUCAACACCAUAGCUCAAGCCUUCUGCUUGUCUCUCUCUCUCCGUUCACACCUCUUAAUCCCCGGCAUCGCCGCCGUCACCUGCGGAAAGCUAGCGUUGGCGCAGCAGAAGAAGAGACCUCCUCCCUUAGAUCCCUACCCUUCGCAUAAAUCACUCUACACAAGAGCAAAGAACGGUCCCAUCUUUCUAACCUCGCUGCUGCUUUCCCUUAUAGAGUUCUUCAUCUUGAUCGGGAGAGCUUUCUAUAUCUCUUGUCUGUUCACUCCAAGUAUCUUGAUGGGUCUGGUUGUUGAACUAUGCGGGCCUCGGUUUAGGAAAGUGUGGCUCGAGAUGGUCCAUCGAACUCUCGAAAGAGCAGGUCCCGCUUUCAUCAAAUGGGGUCAGUGGGCGGCCACCAGACCAGACCUCUUCCCCAAGGAUCUUUGCGCGCAGCUCUCUAAGCUUCACAGCGAUGCACCUAAGCAUAGCUUUGCCUACACUAAAAAGACUAUAGAGAAGGCCUUUGGCCGUAAGCUCUCCGAGAUAUUCGAGGAGUUUGAAGAGGCCCCCCUGGCGUCAGGGAGCAUUGCUCAGGUCCACAGAGCUUCUCUGAGGUUUCAGUAUCCAGGACAAAAGUCGAAGUCUUCUUUGGUUGCUGUUAAAGUUAGGCAUCCCGGCGUUGGUGAAUCCAUCAGGAGAGAUUUUGUGAUCAUCAAUUUCGUGGCGAGGGUAUCGACUUUAGUUCCGGCUUUGAAAUGGUUGAGGUUGGACGAGAGCGUGCAGCAGUUUGGUGUAUUCAUGUUGUCUCAAGUGGAUUUGGCGAGGGAAGCUUCUCAUUUGAGUAGGUUCAUAUACAACUUCAGGAGAUGGAAAGAUGUAUCUUUCCCUAAACCUGUGUAUCCGCUUGUGCACCCUGCUGUUUUGGUGGAGACGUAUGAGCAUGGAGAGAGUGUGGCGGGUUAUGUUGAUGGCAUGGAAGGACAUGAAUGGAUCAAGACUAGAUUGGCUCACAUCGGGACUCAUGCUCUCUUGAAGAUGCUCCUGGUUGAUAACUUUAUUCACGCUGACAUGCAUCCUGGGAACAUCCUCGUCCGGAAGAAGGUUUCACGUGGAGUGUUCAAAACAAAGAAGCCACACAUUGUUUUCCUUGAUGUUGGAAUGACUGCGGAGCUCUCAAAGAACGACAGAGAGAAUUUGCUUGAUUUUUUCAAGGCGGUUGCGCUUAGGGAUGGCCGGACUGCUGCUGAGAGAACGCUCAAGUUGUCAAGAAAGCAAAACUGUCCCAAUCCAGAGGCUUUUAUUGAGGAAGUAGAAGAAGCAUUCAAAUUCUGGGGAACCCCUGAGGGAGAUUUAGUGCAUCCUGCAGAUUGCAUGCACGAGUUACUUGAGAAAGUGAGACGUCAUAGAGUUAAUAUUGACGGGAAUGUGUGCACCGUGAUGGUCACAACAUUAGUUCUCGAGGGUUGGCAACGGAAACUUGAUCCAGGGUACGAUGUGAUGCACACGCUGCAAACAAUGGUGCUGAAAACCGACUGGGCUAAGUCUCUUUCUUACACGGUGGAUGGUCUGAUGGCACCGUAGGAGAAGAAAGGUUUCCAUCUUUUUUUUUCAAGUUUUGUUUGUCAUCAUAAUAGGAGUCGAAUCGACAAAUUUUUACAAAUCUUAGAUGAGGGAACAUAGAAAGAAAGUACAUGUUCUUGAUGUUCAUCUUUGUUUAUUUCUCUAUUCUUUUUUUUUUUUUUUUGCAUUUUGUUGUUAUGGAUUUUGGUUCAUUCUAACUACAUAGAUUGUAUUUACGCGGUUAGUUACCUGUAUUAACCAACCGCCCGUUUGUUCUCUGAACUGAACUGAAGAACAGUGAACAUAAAACAAUGAAAAAGACUGCCUGAGAAUGAUGGUGCAGAGAAUUUGAAUAAAGUGUUCUCCUUGUA